CACAGGGGUCGGCAGCAGUCGGCUAGUAGUACUGGUCUUCACACUGCACCUCCAGGCAGCCCUAUCCAGUGGGUUAACACCGGCAAGGCCGCACUCUCUAAUGUCUUUCUUCACACAGUCCAUCCAGGUCUAAGUCUAACAGAAUUAAUGAUGUUUUACUAAUUACAGAUGACAGUGACUCAGAGAUCUUCAGCAUCGCGGCGACGUUACAGAUCCCCUCCGACAGUGACUCUGACUCCGACAUUUUCUCCCACGCCGAUCUAAAGACACCAACAUCACAGGACAAGAGUUUGUUGGCAAAAGACAGUAAUUCUGAAUCUCCUGGAGCUGUUUCCAUGGCAACAACUGUUUCCAUGGCGACAAACAUUGCACAGAUGUCCAAAAGUCCUAUUGUUACGGAAGGAGGGUCUGGUCUGAAAAACUCCCCAUCGACUGUGAGUAACAACAAGAGGAAGAGAAGACCCAAUGCAGGUAAGCCUGGUGUCCCUGCUAAGAGAGGGAGACGUGUGAAGUCUAACAGGUCAGGUGAGGAGGACUGGGUAACCUGUGACUCUUUUGACUGCAGCAGGCCGGAGGGAGACAUGAUCAGCUGGGUGCAGUGUGACCAGUGUGAGUGCUGGUACCAUGUGGUGUGUGCCGGCUGUGACUAUGACAUAGUCAGACAGGAGACAGCCGCCUUCAACUGUGGAUGUUUGUAAAUAUAUAUAUAUAUAAU